AUCAAUGUUAGCCAGAGACAAGCAAUGGCAACUUCUGCUCUUGUCUCACUUCUUCUUUUGACUAUCGCGGCGUCCACAGCCUCGGCUCAAGGUGGGAUAGCCAGUUGUUGUCUAAAACUUUCAGACACUGAAAUCCAGCGUGUCCGCCUGAAGAGUUACUACCACCAGUACGCACCGCCAUGCCCGAUACGCGCCAUUGUAUUCACAAGUCUGAAAGGCAAGAGGAUCUGCGGUGACCCUGGGAAAGUGUGGACGAAGACCAGCAUGGCCUACCUAAACAGAAGAAACUGGCAACUCCAACAAGCUACACCCAAACACCAUCGCUCACACAUUUUGUAUAAAAAUUAAAAGGCCAUUGCGCCCAAUUUCUAUUCUACCAUUUGAGUUCCAACGACUUUUGAAUGUUUUCAUAUUUACUGCUUACUACUAUAUAAGUCCUUAACUAAUUUUAGUUAAGUGAAGUAAUAGCUGUAAUGUUUAUCAAAAGGGAUAAUUUUCAACGAUGUGUUUGUUUGAUGACUGUAAAUAUAUAAUUAAUACUUUGAUUAUACAAUGAUUCGAAGUCAAUUGCUCAAUAAAAAUGGCCACUAUGUCACA